UGCAGUAACAAAAAGUAAACUGCAUUUAAUAAAAGAAGUUGAAACGUUAACGUAGCGAACUAAGAUAUAUGAUACCUAAAGUGGACGCUAACUAUAUUUGCACUACCCGCUCAGUCUCACAGCACAUUUAAAAUCGUAGAGGACCACUGAAAACAAGUCCAAAGUCCGUGGAUUUGGAGGUGCUUUGAGAGAGACUCGUUUGACGGCAGCUCGGUCGGUAGUGCGUGCUAUGGCAGAGCCUGGUACCGGGGACGGCCUCCCCAGAACUCUCAAUUUUAACAUUGGUGUCCUGGGACAUGUGGACAGCGGUAAGACGUCUCUGGCCCGGGCGCUCAGCAGCACCGCAUCAACUGCCGCUUUCGAUAAGAACCCUCAGUCCCGGGAACGGGGUAUCACCCUGGACCUGGGAUUCAGUGCCUUUACGGUCCCUUUACCAGAGCACCUGCGGGAGGCCUGCGGGGACCGGGGCUACGACAGCUUGCAGUUUACCUUGGUCGACUGUCCCGGACACGCCUCCCUUAUUCGCACCAUCAUCGGGGGAGCUCAAAUCAUAGAUCUGAUGCUGCUGGUGGUUGAUGUGGUAAAGGGAAUGCAGACACAGACGGCAGAAUGCCUCCUGAUUGGUCAGCUCACUUGCUCUCGCAUGCUCGUCAUCCUCAAUAAGACAGACUUACUGCCAAGAGAGAAGAGACAGAGCGCCAUCGAAAAGAUCACCAAGAAAAUGCACAAAACACUAGAGAACACCAGAUUUAAAGGCUGCCCCGUGAUUGCUGUGGCAGCCAAGCCUGGGGGUCCUGAUGCGCCCGAUACAGAGGAACCACAGGGAAUUCCUGAACUUAUAGAGCUGCUGAAAGCUCAGGCGUUCCUGCCCCGCAGGGAUCCGUCCGGUUCUCUGCUGAUGGCUGUGGAUCACUGUUUCUCCAUCCGUGGACAGGGAACUGUCAUUACAGGAACCAUCCUACAGGGGGCAGUCUCAGUCAAUGACACACUAGAGAUACCAGCACUAAAGGUGACCCGAAAGGUCAAGUCCAUCCAAAUGUUCAGGAAGCCCGUUUCCAGGGCAGUGCAGGGCGAUCGUGUGGGAGUAUGUGUGACACAGUUCGACCCCAAACUGUUGGAGAGGGGCGUGGUGUGCACCCCUGGGUCUCUGCGAACGAUCCACGCUGCCGUAAUUUCUGUCCGAAAAAUCGACUACUACCGAGGCCCUCUCAGCAGCCGUGCGAAAUUCCACGUCACCAUGGGCCACGAAACGGUCAUGGCACGCAUCUCGUUCUUUUGCUUGGCCACGCCUCCCAAUAGCACUAAUCCGCCUGACAACAAGUCCAGCCAAUCAGAAACGCCACUGAACGGUAGCCCGGCCUUUGCGGACCUGAGUCUGGAUUCUGUUCCGCCAUUCUCGUUUGAUUGGGAAUUCCGCCACCAGGAGGAGUACCUGAUUGGUCAAGGUGAGGGCGAGGGGCGGGACCCAGAGCAGUGGGCGUUGCUGGAGUUUGAGAGGCCUGUCACAUGUCCUCCCCUCUGCCUGGUGAUUGGCUCUCGGCUGGACUCAGAUAUACACAGCAAUGCGUGUAGACUGGCCUUUCACGGGAGACUGUUGGAAGGGUUUGAGGAGAAAAACUAUACAGAGAUCUGUCUGCCACGACUUAAAAUCAGCAAGGACAAACACAGGGAAGGAACAGUGGAGAGGGUGACAGAUGACUACACUGUGAUUGGACGAAACCUCUUUAAGAAGGAGACCAACCUGCAGCUCUUCACAGGGUUAAAGGUCACACUGUCAUCCGGGGAAAUGGGGGUCAUUGAAGGUGGCUUCGGUCAGAGUGGCAAGAUCAAAAUCAGAGUGCCAGAGGGGUUAAAAGAAGAAACAAAGCAGCUUCUUUCCUCGUCUGCCAAGAAGAAAGGAAAGGGCGGGGCUAAAAGUGAAGUGACCAAAGAGGAAGAGCCGAAGACAGACUCUCAACCAAUUAGCAUUCACUUGAAUUUCAAGAGAUACAUUUACGAUCCCCAUAAGAAGAUGGUGCAGUCUUGACUAUCAUAGAGCUCUGUGUGGAAUGUACCAUGUACGCAGUGCAUCAGGGGGUGGGGGAGAGAAGUCAGUUUAUUGAACAGGCACCGAUCAGACAGAGCGAGCAAGUGUGUUUUGUGAUACUCAGCAGUUUCAUUGCGUCUUCUUCUAUUGAAUGCUGAAGGAAAUGUUUGUCUGUUCUCUCUCUCCCUCUCUGCCUAUUUCUCACUCUCUCCCUGUGGUUACUGGAGCUAUACUGAGAUAUAGAUAUAUGUUUUUUAAUGACGUAAUAAA